UUGGAGACAUUGUGGUGAUUUCUUCUGACGAGUGUGACUGUUGCUCGAUUAUCGAUCAAUAAUUCUGUCCUUCUUUCUCCUCUCUCCGCCGCCAUGGAUCCCUACUUUCAUCACUACCGUCGCCCAAAUACGUACAUUCCUCUUCCUCCGCAGUAUAACCACCACCAUCUCCGUCAGGUUCCCAACCACGUUCUUGUGAACCCUACCGCAUUCAAUUUCAACCCUCCCGUUUUUUUACCCGCCAAUCCACUCUUUGUUCCUCAGGUUCCUGUUCUUUUCGAACAUGAUUCGCGUCACCGUAGUUCAAUGCUGUCGCAGUCUCCUUCAAAUUCCAACCCUAGCCGCAGUGCUUCCAGGUUCAGUAACGAGUGCUUUGGCGGAGCAAACCGCCGUUGCCGUGUGGUUGUUCCUCCGAAUUCCGGUAUCGAAUCGAAACUUUGCUCGGAAGAGGCGCGAGACUCUUCUCUCGAGACUACGGCUUUGGAACUGGAUAGGUACGAUUACGAUAGAGUAGAUAAGGUUCAUGAAUAUACUGGCAUUCCAAAGAAACAGGUUAAGAGAAAGAGUGCUUUUCUUAGAAUCCAGGCGCCAAAACCGAGCAAUGGUGAGAAUGAGGAUGAUGAACAAUUACAUUGUGAUGAUUGUGCUGUUGUUGACUCAAAACCUUGUUCUAGUUCUUCGAGAAUUGAAGACAAGCAUUGUUUGAAUGAUGGGAAGCAAGCAGAAGUGGGAGAAGAAAUUCCUUUUGGGGUUGAUGUUUUCUUUGAAUCGAAUUCUAUGGUUGCCAAGGCUAUUGUGGGGUCUUCCAGUUCUUCCUUUGUUUCUAAUCCUGGAACCACUGCAGUUUCUAAUACAGCUUUGAGUCCUAUUGGAAAGACAAAGAAAAAGAAAAAGAAGGCUAAAAAAAGGAAGUGUUUGGUUUCUGAAAUUUCUUGUUCUGAUGCACAUAGAGUUUCAGAACUACCAGCAAGUGCUGCCCAAUCAAAUAGUUCCCAGCACCUGGCAAACGACAUCUCUAUUUCUGGAAAGGACUUGACUGCACAGAAGGAUGUGUCUUUGGUUUCUGAAAUUUCUUGUUUGGGUACACAUCAAGUAGAACUACCUGCCGACGGUUCUGUAAAUUCUCAUAGCUCUCAGUGUUUGGCAAAUGGCACCUCGAGUUCUGGUGAGGACUUGAUUGCACAGACGAAUGCAUCCUUGGUUUCUAAAAGUGGUUGUUCUGAUUCACAGCUAAAACUGUCUGAAGUGAAUUCUAUGGUUGCCAAGGCUAUUGUGGUGCCUUCAAAUUCUACCAUUGCUUCUAAUGCUGAAACAACUGCUGUUUUGAAGACAGAUUUGAAUCCUAAUCAAAAAGGGAAAAAGGCUAAACGAAAGUCUAAAAAAAGAAAGCAAUUGGUUUCUGAAAGUUGUUGUUAUGAAUCAAAGCGAAUAAAACUAACUGAAGGUGCUGCCAAUUCAAAUAGCCCACACUGCUUGUCAUAUAACACCUCUUGUUCUGGGAAGGACUUGACUUCACAGAAGAGCGUAGCUUUGGGUUUACAGCAAGCAGAACAAUUUGCUGGUUCUGGAAAUUCACAUAGCUCCCAAUGCUUGGCGAAUGGCACCUCUAAUUCUAGUAAGGACUUGAUCACAGAGGUGAAUGUAUCUUUGUUUUCCAAAGAUUCUUGCUCAGAAUCACAGCUUGUAAAACUAUCUGAGUUUGCUGUGAUUUCAAAUAGUUCACAGUGCUUGGUAAAUGGCACCUCUAAUUCUGGGAAGGAUUUAAGGGCAAAGAAGAAUGUAUCUGAUUGCUUUUCUCAUCUUCAUCCGAGUCCAGUCCAAAAUCCUAAUGGAAAAACUAAGGUGGCACAAUCCUCUAAGGGGAUUGUAACAGAAGAAGUUGCCAAUACAAUUUCCGGUAAAGCAACUCCAAGAGUUGUUAAGAAGAAAAAGAUUGUUAAAAGAGUGGUCAAAAAGGUUGUGAAACCAAAAUCAAGUAGGUCGAGUUCAAUAUCAGCAAAUAUGUUUGAUGGGAUAGUGAAAGAAGCUAAUGUUCCUGUUAGUUCAUUAACUGCUGCUGCUCCUUUGGACAAGAUCCCAACGACUUCUUUUGAGGAAAAGACUGCCCCUGUUGACAAGAUGUCAGUUCCAGAUUAUUUCCAGUCUUUACCAAGUGAAGGAAAUUUGUUGCUUGAAGACAAAAAUGCUGUUGUACACCUUGAAGAAAAGCAUACUGAAUUAUUCAAUGGAAAUACUUCUGACAUUAAUCACAUUGAGGCUUAUAGUAAGCAAUCAUGCCAACAUGAAAAGGAGAACUGUGACAUACAAUCAGUUCCAAAUUCUGAUAUUUCCAUUGAUUGUGUUAAAGGGGACACAGGUACUGUUGAAGAGAGAGAGGUUAGAACUCUCUUAAAAUUUUCUCCUUCAAAGAUGGAGGGCAUGUCUCUAGAUGCAGAAAAUCCAGUUGGUCUUGCAAAUGUUGUCGACACAACCUCAGAUCUGUUGAAGGGUCCUAGUCUUUCAGAAGCCUUAGAUAUAUCUGUUCCAAUGUUAGAUUUUGGCUCACAAUCCAGAACAGAUGGGAUCACAACUUUAACUGUGAAAAGGGGGAUUUCUGUGGCUGAUUUAUAUGAGGAUGCAAACAAGAUUUCACCCUUGUACAAAAGGCGCAGAACCACGGCUUGUCACUCUAGUAUCACUGAGUGUCCAUCUGAACUCAGUGAUGUGAUUGUGGCUUCCACCACAUCUUGUGCAGAAGUCCCUAUUCACUUUAGUGAUAUGCAAAUACAUAAGGAAGAAGUUGAAUUGCUAAGCAUGGCUGUUAUGUCUACUCCGUUGCUGACUUAUACAGAGGAUAUUGCUAAAUUGUCUGACAUUAGCUUGGGUAGAGAUUCUUUUGAGUCUAUGAAUUUAAAUAGGGAAAGAGAUUCUCCCAAGAGUUUGGAAUUGCAGCACUCAGGCAUUGCCUCUAAUUCUCUUCUUGAAUACUCAGCCACUCCAAAUGUUCAUUUUCCAAUGUUGGAAGGUGAACCGAAAGAAAAUGCCACUUCAGUUGUGCCAAUCAGUACGGAGACAAGCAUUUUGGCUGUUGAAAAUGUUCAGGGAGAAAAAAUUAAUUUACAGGAUGUUGGGGAAAAUCAUCAGAAGAGAGUUUGUGUGCAAAGAUCUCCAGAUUGUGUCAUUCCUAAAACUUCAAAGGGCCAGUCCUCCUUUUUUCCCCGAUCAAAGCCAUUUACUUCUUCAUCCCGUUCAUUAAAACCUCGAACCUGGCUUCGAACAGGUAAUAAUUAUCCUGGUUCUUUAUCUGGAAGCAAGCCUUCUUUGAUAACUAGUCCUCCUAACAAGUUAAUUCCACAAAUGAAAGGGAACACUCAAAAUACUCUUUAUACCCGUAAGGGUAACAGUCUUGUUCGGAAAGUUAUCCCUGUUUCUGCUUCAACAUCAACAUCCGUUGCUAACCAGUCACCAUCUUUGGGCUUUGACAACUUUGGAAAGAGCAUCAGAUCUGAAUGCAUGGUUAAUGUUCCAGGUCAACCAGGUGCUUUGAAAACUGGAGUAAAUGAUGUUCCUUUGAAGGGUCACAUAAUACUUCCACUACCCACUGACACCAAAUUGGAGAGUGGAUCUUCCCCAUUUACAGAGAAUCUUACACUUGGUUGCUCUGAAUUUGCAGCCGAUCCUAAGAAUGUUAGAGAAACUAAUGAUGCCGCAAAAUCUUAUGAGGAAUUGUGCAAAUAUUCUGAAACAUACGAAAAUCAAAUUGGUUCAGACAAUCGUGGGGCUGGCCAAGUUGAUAUUUCUUCUUCAACUGCAAAGAGAAUAGUAUAUAUGAAGCCCAAGUCAAAUAAAUUAGUUGCAUCUUUGGAUUCUAGUGAUCUCUCUGUCUCUACUGAUGGCAAGACUCAAACAGCAUACUCCAAUGGCUACUACAAGAAGAGCAAAAAUCAGAUAAUAAGGACUUCAUUUGUUAGUCAUAUCAGCCCAACAGUUACAAUGCAAGAUAGUAAUGUAAAUUCUGAUGGUCUAUUGGAUUCUAAAGAGAUUUGCAGCAGGUUUACAAAGAAGUGGUCGCAAAAAGUUGCUGGGACCUUGUGCAAACCUUUAAAAGCCCCACUUGUUGGGACCCUUUCAUCAAAAAACAACACUGGCUCAGGGCAUUAUCGGAAGAUUUUGCCUCACUUUUUUCAAUGGAAAAGAUCAACAUUUCGAAGAAGAUUUGUUCACAAUCGUGAUUUAAGCUCCAAUUCUACUCCCUCAUCAGCAAACAGCAAGAAAUUGCUUCUUUUAAGGAAGAGGGAUGCUGUUUACACUAGAUCAACCCAUGGGUUUUCUCAUUGGAAACCUAAGGUAUUACAUGCUGGUGGAUCCAUAAAAGGGUCCAAAUUUGCUGGCAGGCACUCUGAGAAGGUUAAUGAGGAAGCACUUGCUGUUGCUGUGUUGGAGAGGAAAACAAGAGAACAGAAAGAUGUUGCUUGUAACAGUUCUCAGGCAAAAGGCUUGGCUGCCAAAGAAGGUUCCAUCCAACGAAGAUUAGUGAUUGGGGAAAAUGUGUAUUUCCAAAUUGGCAAAGGUAAUCAGCUUAUUAGGGACCCAAAGAAACGGAGUCGGAUUUUGGCUAAUGAAAAAGUUAGAUGGAGUCUUCACACUGCUAGACAGCGCCUUGCACGAAAGCAGAAGUACUGUCAGUUUUUUACCAGAUUUGGGAAAUGCAACAAGGAUGAUGGGAAGUGUCCUUAUAUUCAUGAUCCCUCAAAAGUUGUUGUCUGCACUAAGUUUCUAAAUGGUUUAUGUUCUAAUGGCAACUGCAAAUUGACUCAUAAGGUUAUUCCGGAGAGAAUGCCAGAUUGUUCUUAUUUUUUGCAAGGUUUAUGCACAAACAGAAGUUGUCCUUACAGACAUGUCAAUGUGAAUCCUAAGGCUUCUAUUUGUGGAGAAUUUCUCAGGGGCUAUUGUGCCGAUGGAAAUGAGUGUCGGAAGAAGCAUAGCUAUGUCUGUCCGACCUUCGAAGCAAUGGGAAACUGCGAAGAAGGAACCAAAUGCAAGCUUCAUCACCCGAAGAAACUGAGUAAGGAAAAGAAAAGGAAGAGGUCCAGAGAUGAGAAUGUUGGUAGACGGCGUUACUUUGGUUCCGUUCCCACUGAUAUCAAAGAAACUGGGUUAAUGGUGGCUCAAAGGCAAUGGCAACAGAGUCAUGACAAAUACGGAGAUGUUGCUGACUAUAUCGGCUUCGAAGUUGAAGAAAGUGUUGAUCAACCAUAUGAACAGGCAACACCAUGUAACAAUGAUAUUUGGGACUUGCAAUUGGACAAUCUUGAUGAACCAAUUAGACCUGUUCUUACGUUGAAAAACAAUUUUAUGGCUCAAUCAUCUUCAGUCUAGUAGUAUACAGGCUUAACGAAUUGGUCGGAAACUAGAUACAAUUGUAAAUGAUGCAAUGCAGGGUCUCUUUUUUUUUUUUUUUGGUUAGGUUUCGUUUAUGAAUCUGAAAUGUAAAUGCAUUUUUAAUGAAAUUAUAGCAAUGACAAUUGUUAUA